AUGGGUUCAAGAGGUAAACUCUUGGUUCAGCUGGCAUGUAAGCAAUUUCUGCAGUCAUCAGCUGAAAAUACAGUGAGUGAACACAACAACUCAGCUUCGACCGAUUAUUCUGGCAAUGGAUAUAUAGAACUGUCUCCUGUAAAUUUUAAUAUUACCCCGAGAGUCGAGCAAGAAGAUAAUACAGAAGACAGUCACUACUUGUCCCAAAAUUCAGAUGGCAAUGUUCUUCAAAACUGUUUAAGACGUCGUUCCAGAAAUAGGUUCAUUGAGUCGGAAAAUGACAGUAUUGAAGAUAAAAACUAUGAACCUGAAAGCGACACAAGCUCAGUUAGUUCAAAUGAUUCGGAUAUAAAUCUGCAAAUACUGAAAGAAAAAUUUACAAAAUGCAAAGCAGAUGUUAAGGAUAAUGGAGUAAAAAAAAAGAAUCUAGAAGUGCCUUUGGCAAAAACACAAAAAGUGGACGAGGAUUUUGAAAAGAAAGGAAGAAAACGAAAGAGAAACAUUGGAAAAUGGAAACGUAACAUAAGAAAAGACAAGCGCAAUAAAGAGGAAGAAUAUUUAAGUUCAAAAAACAAAAUUACACCUAAAAGGCAAAUGAAAUCACCAUGCAAGGAAAAAUGUCGCUUCAAAUGCCACUCUGUGUUUUCAGAAGGAGAAAGGGAGACUAUUUUUAAUUCCUUUUGGGCCAUGGGGGAUAACACAAGACAACGUCAAUAUAUUUCAUCUUGCAUGGACAUUUUAAAACCUACAUAUAGAUACCCAAAACAAGAUAUGAAUAGAUCACUCAAUCAAGCAUAUUUUUUAGUAAAAAAUGAGGAAAAAGUAAGAGUGUGUAAAAAGUUUUUCAUGGCUACACUUAAUAUUGGCGAUACGAUGAUUCGGAAUAUUGCGAAAAAACGAGAUCAAAGUUUCAUUGUUGGAUCAAAUAUGAAGGGAAAGCACAACAAUCAACCAAAAUUAGAUUCCUCCUUAAAGCAAGCAGUGAAAGAUCACAUUAACUCGAUUCCGAGGGUAGAAUCGCACUAUUUAAGAAACCAAACGAAGCGGGAAUAUUUUGAAGGUUCUUUAAAUGUGUCCAGUCUUUAUAGGCUGUAUAAAGAAAAGUGCUUGAACGAAGGAUCCGCCGCUUAUGUUAAAAAAUCUGCGUAUGAAAAUAUUUUUAAUGCUGAUUUCAAUAUAGGUUUUCAUAAACCUAAAAAAGACCAAUGUAGCACAUGUGAAACAUUUAGAAACUCGAAUGAAGAAGAUAGGAAGCAGAUAGAAAAAUCGCAUUUGAAGCAUUUGAAAGACAAGGAUCUUUCGAGGGAAGAAAAGGCAAAAGAUGUUCAAGAAGCAAAGACAGAAAAAGAUAAAAUGGUUGCAGUAUAUGAUUUAGAAGCUGUUUUGCCUUCCCCUUGUGGAGAAAUAUCAGACUUCUACUAUAAAAGCAAACUGGCAACUUACAAUUUUACAGUUUAUGAUAUUGCGCAAAAACAAGGAUAUUGCUACGUGUGGAGUGAACACAUCGCCAAACGAGGUGCCAACGAGAUCGGAUCUUGCGUUAUGUAUUUCCUUCAACAAAAUGCAGUAGGCAAAAGCAUUGUAUUUUACUCUGACAACUGUGCCGGGCAAAACAAAAAUAGAUUUGUAGCUGCUAUGUAUUUAUAUGCAGUUUCCAAGUUUGAUAUACCAGAAAUAACACAUAAAUUUUUGGUAACUGGUCACACCCAAAACGAGGGGGAUAGCAUGCACUCCUGCAUCGAGAAAGAAAAAAAAAGAGUUCUGAGAAGCGGUCCCAUUUAUGUACCAGCACAGUGGAUACCAGUCAUAAGACUAGCCAAAAAGAAUGGAAAUCCUUAUAAUGUUGAAGAAUUAGGCACAUCAGAUUUUUAUGAUUUCAAGCAGCUCUCUCAAGAAAUUGGUAAUAACUAUGGUGUAAACCUAAAAAAUGAAAAGGUUUUAUGGAGCCAAAUAUCUGUCUUAAAUGUCAGCAAAAAUAACCCAUACAUGAUAAAAUAUAAAUACAGCUACGACGAUCUUGAAUAUGAAGCCAUUGAUAUAAGAGGUCGUACAAGUUCUAGAUUUAUUGGAGCAGGUAAUAUCUACAAUAACAAAACUUCCACUCAAGCCCGCUUAUAA